AUGAACGCCUCAGCAACAAGAGCAGUCCGCCUUCUCACCAGACAACGUCUUAACGGCACACUCAACGCUAGAAAUGGUCGUCUGGCACAACGAACAUGCUCUCUGUUUCCCAGACCCGGCAACAUCACUGCCACGCGAACGAUAAUCACUGCUUCUAAACUGGAGGCACAACCAACAGUGGCCAAGCCACCACCACCCAAAGACAACGAGACCAAGCCUCAAAACGAGAACAGUGAUGUCAAGAGAUUCUCCCAGUUUGACCUAACCGGCAAGGUCUUUAUCGUCACGGGGGGUGCUCAAGGUCUUGGUCUUGAGAUGGCAGAAGCACUUGCUGAAGCUGGUGCCAAAGUCUACUGCCUCGACCGUGCCCAACAACCCGACCCAGCCACCUGGUCUUCAGCACUCAAGCGCGUCCCCUCUGCCUACGGCGGCUCUCUGCACUACCGGAAACAAGACGUCCAAGACACCUCGGGCCUCGACGAGCUCAUCGCUUCCAUCGCCACCGAAAACAACCGACUCGAUGGUGUCGUCGCUGCCGCCGGCGUCCAACAAAUCACGCCCGCAAUGGAAUACAACCCGAACGACGUCGCCCGCACGCUCGCCAUCAACUACACGGGCGUCUUCAUGACGGCCACCUCGGCCGCUCGACAAAUGCACAAGCUCAGACAGCCCGGCUCCAUCGUUUUGAUCGCAUCCAUGUCCGGCCUGGUCGCCAACAAGGGUUUGAUCAGUCCCGUAUACAACAGCAGCAAAGCGGCGGUGAUCCAGCUGGCCAGGAACCUGGCAAUGGAGUGGUCGCGCAAGCAAGAAGACGGGACGGGCGGGAUCAGGGUCAAUUGUAUCAGUCCCGGGCACAUCCUGACGCCGAUGGUGAGGAAGAACUUUGAGGAAGUGCCGGGGCUGAGGGAGAAGUGGGAGGCGGAGAACAUGAUGGGACGGCUGGCGGAGACGAGGGAGUUUAGAGGGGUGGUGCAGUUCUUGGCGAGUGAUGCGUCGAGUUUCAUGACGGGUGGUAAUUUGGUUGUUGAUGGGGGGCAUACUGCUUGGUAA